UGUUAAAGCCAAACACUGAGGUGGAAGCGCCGUACCUUAUACGUGUGUAGUUUUUCAGGAUGAAUUGGCUUGUCCUCAGCGUUAUCCUAGGGCUUGGGUGUUUAAGCCAAGCCCGAGACUCUGACGACGCCCGCCUGGUCGCCCGUUACCAGACCAAAACAGCGUUCAUCUUUACGACGUCGGUUACCACGGUCCCCUUCACCUGCAUCUCCGGCGACCCGGCCACGAUCCCCUGCACCAAGAGGAGACUCCGGCGGACAGCAGCCAUCGGGGACAUGAAAGGAACCGGCGAGGGUUUAUUGGAUAGCUCGCUGGACAUGGAGGGCGCUCUGCUGACGGAGGACGCCCAACGGGAUGAACGUGUCGCCAUGACUUUCUGGUCCACUCUCUCCUCCACCUACACCAUCACUUCCACCUCCACCAACACCGGCACCACAUUCUCCGUCUCCUAUUACUGCACGCUCGCUGGAGCUAUCAACCCCCCCGCCUGUGGAUAAGGGCAGGGAAGGUCCGAAAGGCGUCCGAGAGGGAGUGGAAGAUCCUCCAUGUUUUUGGCGCGAACACAAUGGUCGAGGAAAUGACGAUGAUGCUGUUCUCCAGUGUUUCUCUCUCUCUCUCUCUCUCUCUCUCUCUCUCUCUCUCUCUCUCUCUCUCUCUCUCUCUCUCUCUCUCUCUCUCUCUCUCUCUCUCGUUUUCUUCUGUUCUUUUGCUCUUUCUACUUUUGUUUCAUAUCUUGAAAUAAAUGUUUGUGACUCUUGUUUCUACAAAAUUAUUUAAUCUCUUCAUUACUUUCUAUCAUUUUUUUUCUACGCUCCUUAAGCAUUCUUUAUCUGCCUGAAUGUUUUGUCUUCUUAUUUUUAAGUAUUUAUUUUUGUUGUCUACAGGGUCAGUUGUGUACAUACAUCAUUAAAGCUUUAUCAAACAUU